AUGUCCGAAGAAAUCGUGGUGCCCAAGAAAAGAGGCCGGCCGCCGAAAAAGGCUGCUGCUGCCGCUCCAGCCGCGGAGCAAGACAAUGCCAUUGUUAUCGACGUGCCUAAACGUCGGCGAACGAAGGCGAGUAUUGCCGAUAAUACUUCUGCGUCUGCAGAGUCGAGUUCGACUUCCUCUGCAGCAGCAUCCAAAAGAGCGCCCAAGAAGAAUGCUGCUGCUGUUGGCGGGACUGAAAGUGUGCCGGAAGUACUGGGAGUGAAGACCUCGUCUUUGACUACGAAGAGGAGAGGAGCGACGAAAAGCGGUCCUUCAUCAUCUUCUUCUUCGACUACGUCUACGUCCACCACCACGUCGACAUCUUCGGCGUCAGCACCAGCACCAGCACGAGCAGUAGACGCCGAACUCGGGGACAAACAAGUCGCCGAUAUUAAAGUCCAAAAAGCCACUGUGAGUCAGGCAGCGUCAUCGCCCUCACCGUCGACCGUGGAGGGAGUAGACGCUGCGGAUGCGAGUUCUGCAAAGUUGAAGCCGAAAUCUAGGACUCGCAAGGCCGCGACUGCGACUGCGACUGUGGUGGAAGGAUCUGCUGGAUCUGUCGGGCCUGCUUCUGGUUCUGCUGCCGUUCCGGCCGCGCCAAGGACCAUUAAGUCGAACUCAGAUGGUGCAGGAAACGCAAAGGCCGUCGGCACCGCGGCUCAACUUGAUGCGUCGGACGCAAAUGAGAGCCAGAAACCGGGAGCACUAGCGACUUCGAAGAUUCUGCAGCAAGCUAAGGCGUUUGCCGAGAAUUCGCGCGAUUUGCAUGAUCAGGCUGCCCGGUUGGUGGAGGAGCGGGAAGCUGUGCGUGAGUCUGUCCUCCAGCAGGACCAACAGGUGGAUGUUGGCGAGGAUGUCCGAACGGAGAGACAGACGGUUGAUGAGGUGGCCGCUACAACGACGGGAAAAGACUUGAAGGAGCCGACCGCCCGUGAUUUGCACGACACGCAGAUAUCGUCCAAGGAGUCUAUAGCUGACGCUGGGAUCACAUCGACCACAGCAACAAGCUCACUGCGCCAGGAGGAAUCCUCAACCGUCGAUCCUGUAUCAGCAUCCCAAGCCGCCCCGCCUAGCCAGCUACCAUCUACAUUCGUUCCACUGGCCACAAGCAGCACGUCCACCACCAUGUCCACUCCCGCCUUUGGCUUUCCCAAAUCGAAGCCAAAAGUCCAGGUCGUCGUACCCAAGUAUAUCCUUCCCAACUCGACCGUCGCCGCCCUUGCUGCCCGCAAUGUCCAUUCUCAGCGCUCGUCGUCCUCCCAAGGUCCAAGUCUUCCACCGUCGUCUGCUGCUGCACGGAGACAGCAACAACAACAGCAACAACAAGGACAAGGCGGAUUCGGACCCAGUGGCGGCGAGAGCGGCCGACCGCGUCCUACACAGAUCCCACUCGACCAGCUCAAGAAAGAUCCAGAGUUCCGAGCCCUCUCGAGGCGCUGGACCAGUCUUAUGGUCGCAUUGCCGUUUGCCAUUGUAACGAGUUAUUUCUUGUGGCAGAGAUACGAAGAACAUCAAGCAUAUCUCAAAUCCCGAGAGGCGAAGAGGACAUUAGAUUCUGUGAGCUGGAAAACAGCUGGAUCGGAUGACGCGACCUCGACCUCGCCCUCUACAGCCGGCCCACCGUCGACGCCGGCAUCGAGCUCGACAUCAAGUCCUCGACGACCAUAG